GAAGGCACUCCUGCGCCUAAGAAACCUCCACCCGUUGAGAGCAAAUUGCUUUGUAGUCUUGAAGAGUUGUAUUCUGGAUCAACUAGGAAAAUGAAGAUUUCUAGAUCCAUCGUUGACGCUAACGGGAGACAGGCACAAGAGACAGAGAUACUGACGAUUGUUGUGAAACCGGGAUGGAAGAAAGGGACAAAGAUCAAGUUUCCUGACAAAGGAAACGAGCAAGUGAACCAAUUACCAGCUGAUUUGGUGUUUGUUAUCGACGAGAAACCGCACGAUUUGUUCAAGAGAGACGGGAAUGAUCUCAUGACAAGCCGGAGAGUGACGCUCGCAGAAGCUAUAGGAGGAACAAAUGUGAAUAUCAACACGCUCGAUGGGAGGAAUCUACCCGUUAGUGUCCCGGAAAUCGUCAGUCCAGGGUAUGAGCUUGUUGUUCCUGGAGAAGGGAUGCCAAUAGCUAAAGAACCAAGAAACAAAGGCGAUCUCAAGAUCAAAUUCGAUGUUCAGUUUCCCGCAAGAUUGACAACAGAGCAGAAA